CUUGUCCCCCUUUUCGGUGCCCCUGGCGCCCACACAGGGAUUUCGCUCGGCCCGUUUGACAUCCGCGCCGGCCGUGUGAAGGGUAUGUCCUGGCCGUGGAGGGCGCUGGCGGGGCUUUGGCUGCUGGCAGCGGCGAAGAACCACAAGCUGGAGCUCACCGAGAACAAAGGCUAUGCGGCAGGGCAGAGCGGAGAGUACUUCCGGUACAAGCACUUGUUUCACAAGAAGCCCACGGAGGAAGACUUCGAACAUGCCCAGCAGCUGGCCGAUGAGGUGCGCUGCGACGUUUGCGCCAGGAUCCUGGAGUCCCUCUUGGGCCGGGCGCGGUCCUUUAGCGAGGACGAUGACAUCGCAGACGUGUUGGAGGGCAACGUGGAGUACGAAAAGACGGGGGAUCAAGUCGAGGACCAGAUGCUGAAGCAUAAGAAGGGCUGCAACAAGCACUUCAAGGACGAGGUGGUGCUCGAAGGGUACAUGGUGCGGAUGUGCAAAGAGGUGGCGCCGGAGGUGAAGAAUGACACCUCUCCAUGCCUGUGGCGCAACCCCGAGAAGCCCAGCCGCCAGUCUGCCGACACAUACGAGGUGUGGAAAGAGGGCGUUUUCUAUGCCUGCGAGCAAAGCAUUGCCCACCACAGCGACGCCCUGGCCGAAACCCUAGCUGGGACGCCUGCGGAGGCGAAUCUCACUCAAGUGGCGCUCGAGGCUUGUCGCAACACCGCACGCUGCGCCGCGCGGCGCAAGGAGCGGGCGCCAGAAGCAGGCGUGAAGGCGCCAGGAGCAGGCUCAAAGAAGCCAGCCAAAGGAAAGAAGCCAGCCAAAGGAAAGGGCUCGCGGCCGGAGCUCUGAGCAUGCACGCGCUGAGCUUUGGGGAUGGCCUGGCAGGUGACAGCGCUGGAUUAGUCCGAAUCGCUCAAAUCCUUCCUGGCCAUGGUCCCUGGAAGGUGUUUUGAC